AUGUUGUCCUUCUCUCGUCGCAUUAUUGUUCUCUUCUUAUCUUGUGUCCUUUUUGAAGGGACCAUUGCCCAUAGCGGGCACGACGAGCAUUCCAUCGGUGAAAUUGAGCUCGUCGACGGGAAGAGGAAGGCCCUGCCCCCACUGCGAGAGUUGGAGCGGAAAGCCACCACUGCUGUCGAGUUGACGUGUCUGCGGGCCUUCAGGGAGAACAUGGGGUCACCGGAAGAGGUCAUCAUCCAAACGGGCGACUCGGGUCAGGGGAUCAACUGGUGUGAGGCAUUGGACGAAACGCCAUUCGUUGCCGACCCGAACAAGUACUUUGUCCUCAUAAGAAUGAAGCUUUAUUAUGUCAAGGAUUUCAGACUUAGCCCAACUAAAGAUAGAAACCUGUACUUUAUAAUCAUUGCGUCAAGAACGUUGGACGAUGAAUUCAAUGAGAUGGAAAUUGUAAAUAUUCUUCCGAGAAUCCCUUGUGUCGCGACGCACACUGAAGAAAUUUCAAAUAUUCAAGUGUUCGAGAAAGAGAACUACUUUACAACCACAACGUCCACUGGAGAAAGAAUUCCUGGAUGUUUUGACCGAUCUUGGGGAAAAUAUCACUUUCAUACAUAUGUUGACAGGAUUACGUUUACGGGACGUGAAUCAAAUCACUUGUUUCUUUAUGGAUCACGUCUUAUUCAGAGUAACGACGCUGGUCGAACUUACAUUCUGCUGCGAACCUUGACGGCCCCGAUUGACCCAAGGCAGAAGCCGGACCCCUAUGACACUCUCACCCUUCAUCAAAUUACUGUAAUGGCAUUUGAUAGUGAAGGGCAUUAUGCUUUCUUGACGAACGCUAAUGAGUUGUGGUUUGGAUCCACCGGUGACACGAGACAGAUUAUACUUCGAGGGAUAAAAUCGGAUGGAGGGCAUUCCAUGAUGCAAACGAUGGUCACAUCCUUUAAUGCAUCUUUUCCCUAUGCAUCUCCUACUAUUGAUCACCUGUAUAUUGAGGCACAACCUGUGGGUUUAUUCUUUGAUGACCAGGACGUAUUAUAUGAGAUUGUUGUUCUAUGGAAUUGGGUUGAAGGAGAGGAGAUGAUAACCACUCGACGCAUACCCGUUGACAUGAUGAUGCGGUAUAAUAAGUUUUAUCUUGAUCUUCUACUCUUAUCUGCGGGUCACGUUAAGGCCAAUAAAUCUACCUACCAUUUUGUUUACGAUGUCAAGAGAUUUUCGGCGUAUUGUCCCAUGAGCUCGGUCAAGUUUUACGAAAACUUUAUUGUUGAAGGUUCUGUAAAUGCGCAAACCGACGCCAAACCACAAAUAGAAUCAGACUCGGACAGCGCAAACAACGACCAUCCGGCCAAAUGGACAAUCAACAUUGCAACAACUCAUCUUGUAUGGAAAGGGGUUGACAAAUUGGUGUCCUCUGGAUAUGAAACAUCAAGUUUGAAUCCUGAGCGGUUUGAUCGGUGGAUCCUUAAGAAGCAGGAAUUUGCUACAGUUGCACAAUUACGAUUCAUUACUGCUGAAAAACUGAGUUCUAAAAGCAAUGGUAAUCGCCUUUUAAAAGAGUAUUAUAUUGAUUAUGGGUCGACAUUGAGACUCGAACUAUACUAUUCAACCAAUACUGACGCCGUUGUUGGCGUAAGGGAUUUUACGAAGCAAAGAAUGAGACUUAUUCAAUUGAAUGUCGAAAAUCCGAACGGAACAUUGCUUCAAGUUGACACCGAGAAAAUUAGAUUGAUCGAAUUAGGAGCAGUAAAAUUCGUCGUUGAUAUUAGUGUCAUCAGGAAUCCAUUGCUUGCUCAGAACAGACCAGGAGAAAAUUUGAUAGGAUAUCAUCUCAUUUUCCAUUUGAUUGGGGGUUUCCCAACUUGUGGGAAGCGUCUGUCGGAUCCAUUCGCAUCGAGUGCUCAAAGCACCGUUCUUCGUGUCGGAUGCCGGCCUUCAACGAGCAUUCUGUUCAACUGGAAUGAAACACUGUACUCGAUUCAAUUCAAAGACCAGGAUGCGCAUUACGGUCGUGGAGAUGAGUGCUAUGAUAACGAGUUUGUGUGUUUCUUUGCUCGUGCCCCAUUAGUUUUUCACUUUGACAUCUACGAUAUUGCUAAACAAACAUAUGUUCCAUACACUGGGAAUUACGUUAUGCGGAUAAUUGCUGGGGGAUAUGAGAAGGAUAAAAUGGACAAUUAUACGCUUGAACAGCAAGAAGGGUACAAUAUUCCUGGGACUUCUGAUGUCAGUUUGAUUUGGAAUGAAUGGGACCUUGUGGCGAGCCAAAAAAUUGACCGCCCUCCACCUCAUUUUGACGCCGAUUCUACUUCCGAAGAAGAUAACAUCAAAAAAACUCAUCGAGAAAGAGUCUUGCAAGCUGGAGUUUCAGCAAUUCAGUGGGCUUGCCAUACUUUAUCUCCGUGCGCCAGAGUUGUUCCAAAUGCCGCAUUUCAAACUGUAUUUUGGUUUAGAAUAUCUAUUUCCAAUCGGGGAGUCGAAAAGAACACGCUGUGCCUUUAUGAGAAGGAAUUUGAUAUUAUGCUGUAUGGAUUUCCUCCUUCACCAGAAACUCAGCUUUUUACUACAAUUAUUUUCUGUUUAUGUAUGCUUGGAAUUUUGUACCUUCUCUUUAUUUGUCUACGGGGGCAUAAGCGAGUUUGGCGAGCAACGAAGCUUAAAAUGUCUGGGUGGUAUCUUAUCAUACGAGACACAUUCCCUAAAGUGCUCAAAACCCACGAGGAACAAGGUCAAGAAGAGAAUCUUACUCAGUUACAAAAGGACAAUAUAAUUCUAUCGCUGCAAGGUCAUCUUAAAAUUCCUCCGUUAAUUGCUCGAGACAGCGCCACCGCAGUUCAGUUUGCUCCGGAUGCUAGAGAUUCCGUCCUAUCAGGAGCAUCACGAACAUCAUCAUUGACCUCAAUGAUGAGCAUUACGUCUCUCGACCAACAAAGCCAGGCGGAUGGUAUAGACAAAGCUGCUGCUCCGCCGGCCCCCACAAAUUGGACGGACCUAGUCUACGAGCAAAUUAUUUCCAAGAGACUGGCCGCGAUUGUGGAUAAGAAUCGGAAAAUGAGAGCAAAUAUUUUACGAAGGGCGAGUAUGCACGACACUAGCAUCGAGCAUGAAAAACGUUAUGAGCAAGAACACAAGAAGACAGUUGAUGAAGAAAGUAUGUUUACUUUAAAGAAAGAAUAGAUUAUUAUUAUGUUUUGUUUUUAUUAUUAUGCUAAAUGUACAAAUUUAUGUAAUUGUGAAUUAUGAUUAAUUUUGUCAUAUGAUUAGAAUUACUUUUGGCCAGUUGUUUCUUCCGUAACGGGACAUGAUAUUAUAGCUUGAUCUAUUUCA